UCAUUGCAUACUUUUCUUUUGCAGAGAUUGUGACAAAAGUUUUUCCAAGCUGAUCUGCAUCGUCUCUGCGUAGAUCUCAUUAAAAAGUGCUAAUUAUCGGGGAAAUUCCGGUGAAAAGUGUGCAUUUCGUAGUGUAGUCGGUUGAUCUAGUGCAGAUUCGGGUAUCGGUUCGCAGUACGGACGUUUUUCCGGAUUACAAAAUCGUCAGUUUUGAAGUGGGCAUUGUUUUGAUUGCAUCUCCAUCGCAGCCAGUCGUCGUGAGAAGUUUCUGCAGCAGCCGAAUAACAACAACACCAGCAGGAACUGCGAUAAUAUACGCGAAAGCUGGUGGCAAGUGGCGACGGCGGACGACGAGAAGGCGUAUCGCGAAGCUACACACGCAGAGGACAACCGUACAUACAGCCAGCCAGCAAGACGAAAAAGAUGAUGUGUCAAAGUGAAAGAGCUACUCGCGAGAAGCUUUCUUCUGCUGCGAUGAUGGAGUAAUAAAAACAAGGCCCUUUAGAGCCGUGGUUCCGGAACUGCGCUGGUUUGUUCCCGGAAUUGCGCGUCGUGAUUGUGGAAGAAACGGAAGAGUGAAAGGGAUCAACACAAAAGUGCGAUUAAAUGAAGAUUAAAUGAGAUCCUCUGUAAGCUACAUGUUAUCGCAAGGACCAGGAGAUCCGAUAAUGGCGCAUCCCGACUACGAGCAGCAUCACUACCAUCACGGUUGUCUGCUGAUACUGGUGCGUGGAAUCGGUCCUCUGAAGCCUCGAUCGCUACAGCGCGUUUUCGAGCGGAUCCAGCGGAUAAACAACGUCAAAAUACCGGACUCAUCCGGCCUGACGCGAGACAUCUGGGUUCGCUACAUCAGAGACCACCCGGUCGAGAAUAACGACUGGGGUGACUUUCAAACCCAUCGUAGACUACUGGGCCUGAUAACGGUCGGAAAGUUCGACAACCAGAAUGAGCUCAACGAGCUGUGCCGGGUUCACGAAUCUCUCAAGGUCAAAUACACCAAUACGCUGUUCGACUCGCGAUGUUUGCUGUUCGGGCCGAGUGUCGAAGAGUUGCAGAGGAUUGCCGGCGGAUUGGAGGAGAAGAAAGAUGCCACUAUCGAAAACUGCUUUCAAACGCCGUCCAAUUUCAAAAGUCGAGCUUUUUGCUACCCGGAGAACGACCCCUGCUCGAAUCUGGAGACCAAGAUUUCAGAAUUCAUUACCUCUCUGUACUACAUUUUGGAGUUGAAGCGUCUGGAGAAGACCCGAGAGAAGAUUGACAAAGUUCCGCUGCUGCUGGCACCGUUCGAAAAGAAAGAUUUCGUUGGACUGGAUUUGGAAAGUCGUAACAACAAAAAACGCUGCAUCGGUCGCAUGACGAAGCAUCUGGGAGAUCUGACGCUCCAGGCUGGCCUAGUGGCCGAAUCACUGAAUCUGUUUCACUCGGCUAGUGAAACCCUACGUGCCAUAAGUGAUUCGCUUUGGCUGGGAGCUGCCUUCGAAGGUCUCUGCGCUGCUUCUGCGAUCCUACUUUACCCUAACUUUCGCUACACGAUGUCUAUUCAACGAAACUCUAGUCUACAGGAAAACGCAUCCUCUCCGCAGAAGUACAAUCUUGCUCGGAACCAGUUACUGGCCAAUAGCUACAACGGUGACUCAACAAAUGGAAGUAACUUCAAGCAGAAAAAAUCCGACAUGAUGAUUAAUCUUAACUCGGAAACCUCUUCGAUUCCCGAUAAAGCUUCAGCGUCAUCAAAUUCUUCUGCCUCCUCCAUCAGUUCAACAUUUUCCUCUGGAUCCGGCGGAAGUACGGCUAGCGGAAGCUCAUCCUCCCUGACGGACUCCGGAACCUUGGUGAACAAAUCAGCAGCUGCUCAAAAGUUUCCUCCCAACAUCCUUCAACCGGAAGAGAUCCCGACCCGCUAUCGGGAAGCCAUCAUCAACUACAGCAAGUAUCGAAAUGCCGGCAUCAUUGAAACGGAAGCAGCGCUUAAGGCGGCCAGAAUUUGUAUUGAACAGGGAAAAAAUCUGGAUGUGGCCAUGUUUCUCCAAAACGUACUCUAUAUCAACCUGAACAUGAGCGAACAGCAGCGGGUUCGAAGGUUUGAAGUCCUCACUGACCUGUACCAGAAGAUUGGAUACAACCGAAAGGCUGCUUUCUGUCAGAGGCUUGCCGCCUGGCGCCAUGUGGCCGUUAGCAACACGAACCCGGACUGGGGUCAAAGCUACCGGUUGAUGCUGGAGAGCUUCUCCGGUCAUAAACUCUCCCUCGAACCGCACGAAGUGCUGGAAAACAACACGGGCUGGCCGGUACUGCAGAUUGACCUGCUUCAGCAGAUGGUCGGAACGGCCCGCCGCCUUGGACAGUCCGCUCUCGCCACCAGGCACAUGACCUUCCUGCUGCAGACCAUGUGGAAGCAUUUGACGCCGCACGAGCAGAAGGAAAUGGCCCUGCAGCUGCAGAACUUGAGUGCCCAGUGCGAGGGUGCACCGGUGCCGUUGGUGCUGGAGAAUGGAACGGUCAUACCGCCGGCAAACCUAACGGAUUUGCCUCUGUGCAGCCAGAUGCUGGUCAAGGACUUGGCACCGCAUUUGAGGCCGCUGAAGAUUGCUGUCGCCAAAGUGGACAGCGGUCCUUUCCUGUUCACUCCGAUCCAUUUUAGUUCGAUGGAUCGCCGACAGGCUAAGGACGACAGUAAGAUAUCCUUCAACUGGAUCCAGCACGAUGUGUGCGAGGUGAACGUAAAACUAACCAACCCACUCCCGUUUGAGCUGCAAGUGACGGACAUUCGUUUGCUUUCUACGGGAGUGGUGUUCGAGGCGUUCCCUCAGACUGUAAUGCUACAACCGAACGUACUAACCACAGUGGCCCUGCACGGUACUCCGAUCGAGAAAGGAGAGCUGGACAUCCAAGGCUACAGCACUCACACGCUAGGCGUCAAAUCCAACUGUCGACUAAAGUAUAUGCUUCACCGGAAGCAACGUAACUUGCCUUCGCACUAUCUAGUGAAUGUGAUUCCUGCGCUUCCAAAGUUAGAGCUUAAGACCAGUCUCCCGCCGACGGCCACUUUCAGCGGAAUGCACAAUGCGGAUUGUGUGACUACUUCAGCCAGCAUUACGCUGUACAAUGGAGAACGGGGAGAAUGUAUCGUGACGCUGACCAAUACGAGUAAUAUACUGAUAGAAUAUAUCGACGCCAGUUUUCACUCCAAUAUGGACGUGAAUCUUCAGAAUAGAAUCUUUCAACUGACGACGGAUGACAUCACUUCGAAGCUACCGAUCAAACCAAACGAGAGCAUCGACUUCAAACUCGUGAUCUAUGGUGAGGCGGAUUUCCUCGGCGCCAUUGCCGGUGUUCAGCAGUUGUACUCGCAUUCGUCCCACCAGGACGGUAUCAACAGUACCGGACCGCAGAGUUUGACCGUGUCGCACAGCGGAGGAAUGAUGGGAGGAACCAUCAGUGGCAGUGGGAAUCCGAGCAGCAUCCCAAGUAGGAUCAGCUCACCGACAAAUACUCACCGAAGGAACGACCCGUUGAUGUCUAGCUUCAGGUCGUCCCACUCGGGACACUCGUCGCUGGCCACGCUAAGUGUGGGAAUAGCAACGGGACACAUGCCGAGGCAACUGGAAGCGCAGCUGAGGUUUAAAUACUCCGGCGGGGAGGGUCUCCAGGAGGGCUACUGUCGGCAGUGUGCGAUUUCGUUCAACCUGGAAUUGUUGCCAAGCGCUCAGAUCACCAAUUGGGACGUUCUGUCCGCGGAAAUCCCGUCACAGUUCUACUUGGUGCUGGAUGUGGUGAACCUAACGGCGCAAGAAAUGUCCCUCAACUAUACUUCAAACAAGACAAUACUCAUCGAGGCUAAGGAAAGCUGUCGGGUGCCCGUUCCGGUGGAUCGUUGCCCUCUGGAUCGAAUCCUGGCGGCAAUGGAACAGCAGUUACAUUCGCUCACUUCCGGCGGCGAAGGCCAUCCGAGCAUAGUGAGUGGCGUGGGUCCGGUGACCAGUUCGAGCGAUACCGGGGAGCUAACGGAACGCGUCUGCUCGGAACACAUUGCGGAGAAUGUGAACCUCAAGUGGUCCCUGCCGGGCUUGGAUUGCAGCGGUGUAGCCUCCUUGCGAGGGAUUUCGUUGUCGCCAACUAUGCUGGACUUGGUUACGGUGCCACCAUUGCAGUGGGAGGUCAAAAUCGACAACCAACAGGUGGCCCCACAGUCGGAGGUAACCUGUGUCACCAGUCAGUUCAUCACGCUGAGUAUCGGCAUUUGCAACCUGUCGGCAUCGGUGCUUCAUCAGGUGCAGCUUUCGGUUCAAUUCUACCAAGACUACCAAAACGGCCAUCACAACUAUCGGCUGGAGACGCGGGUUACGAUGACGGGAGCGAAUCACAUUCUCAUCCCAGCCUUGAACAAGGACGAAAAAGCAUUCCACGAGUGUUCGGUGGUGUUCUUCACCCCCGGGCGCUUCAAGGCCGACAUUCAGUGCCGUUCGCUUAGCUCAAACGGUGACGUGGGAUCGACUCCAUCGUCGUCGUCGUCGCACGUGUGGCGGUUCAUUCCGCCGGUGGAAAUCACGGUGGUGGAUGAGUAAGAGAUGACGCCACAACAAACCGAAACGCUUUGAACAUAAAGAUGUAUAGCUUGCUUGCUAUAUUAGGCAAAAAAAUGUAGGUCACUAAAAACAAAUUUUACGUUCAAUUUUCUCUGUAUAAUCAGCGAUUUAGUUUAGAUAGGUUCGUUCAAACUUCAAUCCUCAAUUAUUUUUCGGAGACAUUUGAUUCAGCUUUAGGAACUUACUUUGUGGGAAAACCAACGUUUUUAUACUCCUAAGUAGAUUGUUAACUAUAUGAUAUAGGAUAUUGAAAAAUUUAUCGGAAAGCAGA